GCAGGUGGCGGCGGGACGCAGGACGCACCUCGCCGCUCCCUCCUCAUUUUCACGGCACGUCUCAGCCCUCACACUCGAUCGCCAUCCUCUGUCCGUCAACAUGCUGACGAGAUUCAAAUCUGACAGAGGGAAAGACGCUUUGGAGGCUCGCUGCUGGAUUGUGCGCAAACUUGGAUAAGACGCCGUCGCUCCUGUCGCCAUGGGAAGAAGACGCAGAGGCGCACCUGGAGCUGACUUCACAUUUGUCAGUCCCGUGGUCAAAUACCUGCUCUUUUUGUUUAACUUUAUAUUCUGGGUAAUCUCGUUGGUGAUGGUGGCGAUUGGUGUGUAUGCCCGUGUGAUGAAACAUGCAGAAGCGGCACUGGCUUGUCUGUCAGUGGAUCCCGCCAUCAUGCUGCUGGUGGUCGGGGUCCUCAUGUUCAUCAUCACCUUCUGCGGCUGUGUGGGCUCCAUCCGGGAAAACAUCUGUCUCCUGCAGAUCUUCUGCGUCUGCCUCACUGUCAUUUUCUUGCUGCAGCUGGUUGCCGGCAUCCUCGGCUUUGUCUUCUCAGAUAAGGCACGAGAUAAAGUGACCGAGAUCAUCAAUGACGCCAUCGUUCACUACAGAAACGAUCUGGACCUGCAAAACCUGAUUGACUUUGGCCAGAGAGAGUUUGGCUGCUGUGGAGGCAUUUCAUACACAGACUGGUCCCGGAAUAUGUACUUUAACUGUGACGACUCGAAUCCCAGCAGAGAGCGCUGCUCCGUCCCCUUUUCCUGCUGCAUCGUAACCAAAGAAAAGGAAGUGAUCAACACCAUGUGUGGCCAAGACAUGCAGGUCUUGGAGUUCUCCGAAGCUGGAAACCACAUCCACACUAACGGCUGCAUCGACAAACUGGUGAACUGGAUCCACAGUAACCUGUUCCUGCUGGGAGGGAUCGCUCUGGGUCUGGCCAUACCACAGCUGGUGGGCAUCCUCUUGUCUCAGAUCCUCAUAAACCAGAUUAAAGACCAGAUCGAGCUGCAGAGCUACAGCCAGCAGCACCGCUCUGACCCGUGGAGCUGAUGGAGGAGACAGGACUGGUGACUUGAACCAGAACAUGCAUGUCUGCACCGGACGUGAACAGAAAGAUGUUUUUUUUAUUAUUUUUUUUUUUUUAUCCUGAACCUGCAGACAAGCAUGAACACUAACAGAGGGAGGACUCUGCCGCCGCCUACUGGAGACACACCAUAGGUGCAUUUACCUUCAUUUUUCAAAACAAACCUGUGCUGAAGGAACUUCAGGAGCUCGGGAUCAUUUUACUUUUUGAUAAAUAACUGUAGAGAGUAUCAUUUAAAAAAAAAAAGACACUUGUUUAUCAAAGACACCAAAAGUGGGAAAUGGUGCUUUUUUUUUUCUUUUUUCAUGUACAAAAUGGAAAAGGGAUUGUAAAUAUAGAACAUAUGUUUUGUACUAGAAAGAAAUAAUCAAACAGUGUUAUUACUGCAAGCUAAUUAAGGACAGUCAUUUUGCCUUUUGCCACCAUAUUUUUUGGAUCAAUCAACUAUAAAUCACUUUGUUUCUUAUUAUUUCACAACCUUUUUUUUUUUUCUUAUACAUCUGGGCCACAGAAAUUCCACGGCCCCCCCCCCCACCCCGUUACAACUUUCAAGAAGCAUUUACAUAGUUUAAUAAACUUUUUUUUUUUUUUUUUGAUGAAGUGUGAUUAAUUCAAGGUGCAAAUAAAUGUUUACGCCGCUGGCCGUGCUGGACGGCUUGGGUGUUCGUCCAGGA